ACAGGUCCAGAGAAGGCUCGUUCAGAGAAUUGGCGCUGGUGUAUUCUAUGUGUUUCUCGUGGUCCUGACAAUGUCAAUCUAUGACUGACGCUGCAGUAACUAUUAACGUCUUUAAAAGUCAAAGCGGAUAACAGCCAAGAUGUUGUUUUGUGAAAAUGGCACCGAGUGGUCGCACGUUUGGGUGGAGAAAGGCAUCAGCCGCUGCUUCUACGAGUCAACUUCGUCUGGGAUCUUACUUAUUUUCAUUUGCUUAACCGGUGCCAUUCAGUGCACAGUGUUCAGCAAGUAUGCCGUGUACAUUGACCCUCGGCGAGUCUUGAAGUCCUGGGGCUAUGUUGUUCAGGUGCUGCUCACGAUGCUACUGAUGCUGGAGGCGUUGGUUCACAUGGUGCUUUUUGACGUGUAUCUGAGGGAACGGAUUCUUUUGGGGUACCAGGUGUUUGAAGCGUGUGCUCUCAUCAUGGCGUGCAUCGUGUCGCUGUGGCUCCUGGCUCUGGAGAAGCGCAGCAUGCUCCCCACUACGCCGUCGCGCGGCCAGGGAAUCGUGCUGCUCAUGUUCUGGGGCCUGUUCCUCAUACGGGAGACGCUCUUCUUUGUGUCCUGGAACGACCCUGCCUGGUGGUGGCAGCUCGAGACACAAUAUGAUGAGGUGGAGUUCGGCCUGUUCAUCCUGCGUUUUGUGUUGGUCCUGUGUUUACUCAUCCUCGGCUUUGUGGGGCCGUCGGUCCAAAGAUCAAUUUUCACAGCGCUGUCUUCAGAUGAAGAGAGCCAGUCCAGCAAUAACUCUCAACAGAAUCACUCAACGUGGAAGAACGUCAUGAGCAAGAUGAAACUGAUGUUGCCGUACGUGUGGCCCAAAGGAAGUCCUCUGUUGCAGGUCACUGUUUUCCUUUGUCUCAUUCUUCUUGGCGCAGGGAGAGUGGUCAAUGUCUUUGUUCCCAUAUACAGUAAACUGAUUGUCAACAGCCUCACUUACGAUAAAGAGUCUGAGCAGACCAGCCUUGAGUGGAGAUGGGACUAUAUUCUCACUUUUGCUGCGCUGACGUUUCUGAAAGGCGGCGGCACAGGUACCACUGGACUGUUGAACAACGUGAGGAGUCUUUUGUGGAUUAAGGUUCAGCAGUUCACCACUCGCUCCAUCCAGAUCAAAUUGUUCUCACAUUUGCAUAGUCUCUCCCUGCGAUGGCAUCUGGGUCGAAAGACGGGCGAAGUUCUGAGGGUCAUUGACAGAGGAACCAACAGCAUCAACAGCUUGUUGAAUUAUUUGGUCUUCCAAAUCUUCCCAACAAUCGCUGACAUCAUCAUCGCCAUUGUGUACUUCGUGACCUUCUUCAACUACUUGUUUGGAAUCAUUGUCUUCAUCAGUAUGGCUUUCUACUUGGCCGCCACCUUCAUCGUGACCGAGUGGAGGACCAAGUACCGCCGGCUGAUGAACCUCAAGGACAAUGAGGCCAACGCCAAGGCUGUCGACUCUCUGCUCAACUUUGAGACAGUCAAGUACUACGGGGCUUCCGACUGGGAGAAAGAACGCUACACGGGAGCGGUUCUCGAGUAUCAGUCUUUUGAAUGGAAGUCCACUGCCAGUUUGAACUUGCUGAACCUGGCUCAGAACUUCGUGAACUCCGUGGGCCUGGCCGCGGGCUCUCUGCUGUGUGCGUGGGCCGUGGUCCACAGCAUCAAUGACCUGAAGCUGACCGUGGGAGACUACGUGCUGUUUGGCACCUACCUGGCCCAGCUCUACGUCCCACUCAACUGGCUCGGCACCUACUACAGGAUGAUCCAACAGUCGUUCAUUGACAUGGAGAACAUGUUUGAUCUGCUGGGCCAGGAUGUUGAGAUUCAAGAUGACCCAGAUAGUUCUGACCUAGUCCUCUCCGGAGGUGAAAUACAGUUCAAGAAUGUGUCCUUCCACUACGAGCCCAGCAAGGCCAUCUUGAAAAAUGUGUCAUUUACAGUGCCCAGUGGUCAGACAUAUGCCCUGGUUGGUCACACAGGCAGCGGGAAGAGUACGAUUGUUCGCCUUCUCUUCCGAUUCUACGACGUUCAGUCCGGAUGUAUUAAAAUUGAUGGGCAGGACAUUACUAAGGUCACCCAAAAAUCCUUGCGUGACAGCAUUGGCGUGGUGCCUCAGGACACUGUUCUGUUUAACAGCGACAUCAGGUACAAUAUUCGCUACGGCCGUGUUGGUGCGUCGGACGUUGAUGUAGAGGAGGCUGCGCAGGCGGCAGAAAUCCACGACCGGAUCCUCACCUUCCCAAGGCAGUAUGAAACUGUUGUUGGUGAGAGGGGCCUCAAGCUGAGUGGAGGAGAGAAACAGAGAGUGGCAAUAGCCAGGACAUUGCUGAAAGCUCCAGCCAUCGUUUUGUUAGACGAGGCAACGUCAGCCCUGGACACAAAGACAGAGCGAAACAUCCAGUCUUCCCUGGCUCGUGUCUGUGAGAACAGGACCACAAUCAUCGUAGCUCAUCGUCUCUCCACCAUCAUCCAUGCACACCAGAUCAUUGUGCUCAACGAGGGAGAAAUCUUAGAAUCGGGAACCCACCAAGAACUCUUGGAUCACGGCGGCCAUUACGCAGACAUGUGGCAACAACAGCGGGUGCAGCAACAGCUGGGAGAGGAGGAGUCGGUGACUCCCCCCGACACAGACAAAGAUUCACAGGAGCACGCUGACGGGAACGGCAAUGUCACUGUGUAAAGGUUUCACCGUUUGUUGGUCAUUCCAUGAAAAAUACAACUGUAGUGACACUCGCGAGGUGGAAAGACCCUCGGCGACAUUUUGGAGAGUGCAACGGAGCCUCAAUGGACAUGUCCGGAGUGCAGGGAUGUUGCUUCCUGUAACAAUGAACGCGAGGUGGCCACAAUGACUUGCUUACAAACAAAAAAUAUUGAGCCAUUUUUCAUUGAUUUUUUUUUAAAAUUUAUUAUUUUUUUACUUUUUAUUUGUCAGAGGCAAACUUCUUCUAGCACAAAAACAACCUCCACAAGAACUAACAUCUCUGUCAGAGUUUUCAACAGGUCAGCAUCCCUGCUUUAUGUUUGUCGCUGCUGUUUCAUUUUUCAUAGAAUGGCCCUUAUAAAUUGUCAACCAGGAUGCAGUCAAAAAAAGAGGAAAAUGUGCAGUUAAUCAAAUCUCACUGAUAUUUCUAUUUUUGAACUUUGCCACAUUUUUUGAAGUUGAUAAAAAAAUUAUGCUGUUAAAUUUCUGCCACAUAUCCAAUCCAAUAACUCCUUUUUCCAAAGCUUCAUCGUACUAAGUGGAGUUUCUCACUUGUAUCUUUUAGCCAGGAAUAUUUUUGAGUUUUCAAAUGCCUCUCUUUGCUGUUCCAUCAAGCAACUAGUUUUGUACAGGCUCAAUGCUGCCAUGCCAAGGCAGAGCGACGUAUCUACACUUUUUAUGAUUUUGAGUUACGUCAAGCUGCCAUUGGAAAUAUGGGCAUGGCCCUUCAGUUACGUCUGUUUGCCAUGGUGAAAUAUCUUAUUUGUAGUGCAGAUACGUCUUCCUGCCUUUGACACAAGAUUCAGAAUCUCCAAAUGGGUAUUGGCGUCCAUUUAAACAAAGACACAAAAAUUAAUAAUUUUUGCAGAUACGUCGGUCUGCCUUGGCACGGCAGAAUGUCUAAACACCUGACGUUCAUUGUACAGGUGUUGUAGUUCAGGAAAUCCUCACCUGUAUUACCAUGCCUUUUCAAAGGUGUUCAUGGACCUACAAUUCAUCCGCUGAAAAUUUCUCGUAAUAUUUGUUUGAUCGAGUAUCAGUUGUGGUUGAAUUUGAAAAAGAUGAAGAGAAGGAAAAACUGCUUGAUAUUUCUACAGACUGGCAACAGUUGUUAGUCUUGCAUGGUUUGUCUUGCCAAGUUCUCUGAUGAAAUCGGAGCUAGCUCUCAGAUUAUAAAUUUCUUGUUGUGCUUUUACUUGUUGAAGAACCGUGAUCGGAUUUGCAUUAAAUCAGAUUUUCUUCUUGAAUUCCGUAUUUUUUGACGGGUCAUUAGUGACGACUUAUCAUCGAUAGCAUGAAAAUUACAGUUUUAUUUUCUUUACUUGCGUUUCUUUUGCAAUAUGGUACAUGUUUGUAUUGACACGGCCAGUUUGUUGUUACAUAAUCUUCGUCUUCUGGGGAUCUGGAGACAUAAGUUUCCCCCGCCCACACUCCUAUAUUUUGGGAGGGUUUUGAGGAAAACUGCUUCUUUUUGGUAGUCAGGCGGUUGGCAGGUCUGUGUUUUGAGUGUAAUGUGUACAGAGUUGCUGAAUUUUGUGGUAAAUUAUAAGAAUCUUUUGUAAUCAGCUGUGUGUUUUCGUAUUUCUGAAUGUGUGCCUAAGCAGACUGACUUUAAAAUUAAAAGCUUUAUCAAUUUGCAAAUCAGAGGUGGAUUUAGGUAAACGAGAUAAAACUUGUUUAGCUACGCUGUAGUUAACACUUUGCUCCCUUAGUGGCGAUGUUAAUCUCCCAGUUUCUUCGGAUUUUCCCCAAAAUAUGAUGGCAAAGUGUUAAUGAUGUGUUUUUACCGAGCGACUCUGUUGUCCAUAUUUACACCGUCCUUUUUUACCUAAAAAAACUUGGAUUACUGACAGUGUAUGAUUUUUAAAGAUAUGUUUAUGUGGCGAGAUGAUAAAAUAUCCUGUCUUCUCUGGGUAAAAUAUUUUUAUUUUAAAGCCAAAUCAAAUAUACUUGAAGAUCAUUUCUUCUUACAGCUGAUCGCUGUCCUUUGCUUUAUUCAGCAAUUGCGGCACUCUCAGCGGGAACUAGUCGCAGGCAGUAUUGCCUACAGGUGUCAGUCAUUUUUGGCGGCCUUUAAGAUACGUCUGUAUGCAGUACUGCUCAUGUUAUGUUUUUGUUCGCCACUCGUGCACCGAAAUGUGUGCACCAAAAUGUUCUAUAGUUGAUGCUGCUGCCUUCAUGUUUUGGUUAGCUCACUUCAUAGUCUUGGAUUUGUACAGAGAGGAAUUCGAGGUGGGCGUCUUGACGUUUGGUUCUAUAAGUUCUGCUGUCAUCUCAGCCUGAUGAUAGCGCAGUCUGAAAUAAGAUUGUGAAGGUGUGUAGAAGUAAGAUUGUGAAGGUGUGUAGAAGUAAGAUUGUGAAGGUGUGUAGAAGUAAGAUUGUGAAGGUGUGUAGAAGUAAGAUUAUGAAGGUGUGUAGAAGUAAGAUUAUGAAGUUGUGUAGAAAUAAGAUUGUGAAAGUGUGUAGAAAUAAGAUUGUGAAGGUGUGUAGAAAUAAGAUUGUGAAGGUGUGUACCUUCGCCGAUGAACUGUCGGAUGAUGAGGUCGAACUGAA